AUGGUGAUCCGGUCUCCCCUUCCUGACCUCGAGAUCCCUCGGCUCGGACUUCUCGACUACAUUUUCCCUAAUAUCCCCGAUUCGGACCCAUCUUCGCGAUUGGAUGAUGAGUCACCUAUAUGGAUCGACGCAGAGGACUCUUCUCACACGAUAUCCCGUCGUCAAGCUGUGGAUUGGACGCAGCGGUUAGGAUCGUACCUGAGUGGUCGAGGCGUCAAGCAGGGCGACGUAUGCUUGACGCUCUCGCAAAACCACAUCUUCAUGCCUAUUGCCUUCUACGCUAUCGUUGGGUGUGGUGCGGCGUUUUCAGGUCUGAAUCCAGACUAUACAGUUCCAGAGCUGGCUUAUCAGAUCAAGAAAACUCGAGCAAAGAUUAUCCUGGUUGAGCCAGAGUCCGCCCAGGCCGGGGCUGCAGCAACUCUCCAGGCAGGGCUCACAGAGGACAUCCUUGUUCUAUUCUCAGAUCGUCACUAUGGUCCGACUCAUGGCAUUCCAGACUGGCGCGACCUGGUGCCUUCCAUCGCCAAGGGCUGGGCAUGGCUCAACCUCACGCCAUCAGAGUCCAUUUCGACAACAGCUGUCAUCAACUUCUCAUCUGGUACGACUGGACUCCCGAAAGGCGUUUGUGUGUCUCACCGCAACCUGAUCGCGAAUGUCGAGCAAACUCAAGCUACCUUAGGAUUUUCACCCAGCGAGAGAUGGCUGGUCUUUCUGCCCAUGUUCCAUGCCUAUGGCCAGAUUUACACCUUCAUGUUUGCCCCACGUCUCGGAAUCAGAACUUACAUCAUGAGACGCUUCAAAUUUAUCGAUUACCUUAAUGCGAUACAGAAGUAUCGCAUCAAUCGACUCCAUUCAAUACCUCCUGUGCUUCUCCUCUUUGCCAAGCGACCAGAGGUUGGAGAUUUCGACUUGUCAUCGGUAGAAAACAUCCUCUGUGUCUCGGCACCGCUUUCCACAGAACUACAGACAUCAGUGCACGAGCGGCUCCAGCGUAGAGCCCGAGUGGCGCAAGGCUGGGGCAUGACUGAGGCUACUUGUGCGGCGACCCUGAUCCCCAGGUCGUGGAUAGACCAUGUCGGCACGGUCGGAGUGCUCAUUCCCAACAUGGAAGCCAAGCUGAUUGGCGAAGACGACACUGAGGUAGUAUCGCCCGGUGUCAAAAGGGAGAUACACUUGCGCGGGCCGAACGUAGCACUGGGAUACUUUGAAAACCAAGAGGCGACAAGAGACACUUUCGACGAUGCGGGCUGGCUUAGAACCGGAGAUAUCGCUCACUUUGACGAAAACAGUUACUUUAGAAUCGUUGAUCGCAGAAAGGAACUUAUAAAAGUGAACGCUUUCCAAGUGUCACCUGCGGAAUUAGAAGCAGUUCUUCUCAAGAACGAAGAUAUCGCAGACGCCACUGUGAUAGGAAUCAAGUCGUGA